GAAGUGUCUCUAAUGCCUUACUUUUUAUGGCAAAAAAAUCUAUCCAUCCAAGGCCUUAUUUCAAAAGUACCUGUUAGAACCAAAGCAGAGUCUGUCAGUGAAAAUUGAGAGAUGGGUUCCAAAGCUUCCUUCUUCUUUGCUUUGUUGUUCUUCUCAGCUGUGUCCCUUAGGCCUGCUUUUGCAAAGAAUGAGGAGGACCCAGGUCUUGUAAUGAACUUUUACAAGGAUUCAUGUCCUCAGGCUGAAGACGUUAUCCAAGAACAAGUCAAGCUCCUCUACAAGCGCCACAAGAACACUGCGCUGAGGAACAUCUUUCAUGACUGUGCUGUUCAGUCAUGUGAUGCUUCACUACUGCUGGACUCAACAAGAAGGACCUUGUCUGAGAAGGAAAUAGACAGGAGCUUUGGGCUGAGGAACUUCAGGUACCUCGACACCAUCAAAGAAGCCGUGGAGAGGGAGUGCCCCGGAGUGGUUUCCUGUUCAGACAUCCUUGUGUUGUCUGCCAGAGAUGGCAUUGUUGCUCUGGGAGGCCCUUACAUCCCUCUCAGGACUGGAAGAAGAGAUGGUAGGAAGAGCAGGGCAGAAGUGGUAGAGCAGUACCUCCCAGACCACAAUGAGAGCAUCUCUGUUGUCCUUGAAAGGUUUGCUGACAUGGGUAUUGACACCCCGGGAGUGGUUGCUUUGCUAGGAGCUCACAGUGUUGGUCGAACCCACUGUGUGAAGCUAGUGCACCGUUUAUACCCAGAAGUUGACCCUGUGCUCAACCCUAACCAUGUUGAGCACAUGCUGUACAAGUGCCCUGACCCUAUCCCAGACCCCAAGGCUGUUCAGUAUGUGAGAAAUGACCGUGGUACUCCAAUGAAGCUAGACAACAAUUAUUACAGGAACAUAUUGGAUAACAAAGGUUUGUUGAUAGUGGACCACCAACUUGCCACCGACAAGAGGACAAAACCUUACGUGAAGAAAAUGGCAAAGAUCCAGGACUACUUCUUCAAGCAGUUUGCUAAAGCCAUCACCCUUCUCUCUGAGAACAACCCUCUUACUGGUACAAAGGGUGAGAUCAGGACGCAGUGCAAUGUUGCCAACAGGCUUCAUUAAAAGCUCUACUGUUACUUAAGAUCUUCUUUCCUUGCGGUCCGAGGGGAAGAAUGGGAAUUGCAGAAUAAUAUGGGGCAUUGGGGCUUUCUCGAUGCUUUUGUUUCUUAAUUGUGCCUUGGUGUUAAAACUACCGUAACACUGCUUUUUGUAGGUUUCUUCUUUCUUCUUAUGAUGUUGUGAUGGGCAUGCAUGGUGGAUGUUGGAUAUAUGAUAUGUCAUAUAUGUAUGUAUAUGUAUGAUGGGUGGUGAUGGUGUAUGCAUGAGGCAUGGAUUGCGAUGAUGCUAGUUAUAUAAUGAUGAUUCAUGCCA